AUGAAGGAUAGGAAAUUCUCGAGGGAGAAGUUGCGUAGGUAUGAUUCUUGGGACGUUGAAGCAGCCACUGGUGCUGAGGGCCGUGGAUCCAAGGUCUCUCUCUCUCUCUCUCUCUCUCUCUCUCUCUCACACACACACACACACACACACACGGUUGAUUGGACGAUGAUUCUAAAACUAGCCUUCCAGAGCAUUGGAAUUGUGUAUGGCGACAUCGGCACAUCUCCUUUAUACGUGUACUCAAGCACCUUCACCAACGGCAUCAACCACAACGAUGACAUCUUGGGUGUGUUGUCCAUGAUCAUCUAUACUCUCACCUUGCUCACCUUGAUCAAGUACGUCUUCAUCGUCCUCCAUGCAAACGACAACGGCGAUGGUGGGACAUUCGCAUUGUAUUCGCUGAUCUGUCGUUAUGUUAACGUCAGUUUGAUUCCAAGCCAGCAAGCUGAAGAUAGGGAUGUUUCUAAUUUCCAGCUCGAGCUGCCGAGCAAUCGUCUUCGUCGAGCAUCUAACCUGAAAUCGACGUUGGAGAAGAGCCUAUUCGCGAAGUAUCCUUUAUUAUUCUUGACCAUGCUUGGAACUUCCAUGGUGAUCGGUGAUGGAAUCCUCGCUCCAUGCAUCUCAGUCUUGUCUGCAGUGGGUGGGAUACAGGAAGCUACAAGCGCCAUGACCGAAGGAAGGAUUGUAUGGAUAUCAGUUGUCAUCUUGAUCUUCCUAUUCUUAGUUCAGAGAUUUGGAACUGGUAAGGUGGGCUACAGCUUCGCACCAAUCCUCAUCGUGUGGUUCCUAAUGAUCGGCGGCAUUGGCAUUUACAACUUUGCCAAAUACGAUCCACACGUUAUAAAGGCCCUCAAUCCAAAAUACAUCAUCGAUUAUUUCAGGAGAAACAAGAAAGAUGCAUGGAUUUCUCUUGGCGGCGUCGUACUCACCAUCACAGGAACUGAGGCGAUGUUCGCUGAUGUUGGGCACUUCACCGUCCGUUCCAUACAGAUAAGCAUGUGCACGGUAACUUUCCCAUCUAUCAUUUUAGCGUAUGUGGGCCAAGCAUCAUAUCUCCGUUUGCGCAACGGCGACGUCGGACAAACCUUCUAUCGGUCCAUACCAGAUCCUUUAUAUUGGCCCAUGUUUGUGGUGGCUGUCUUGGCGGCAAUCAUCGCCAGCCAAGCCAUGAUCUCCGGCACCUUCUCCAUCAUCCAACAGUCCAUAUCGCUCGGCUGCUUUCCUCUGGUCAAGAUCGUCCACACAUCCUCAACGUAUGAGGGUCAGGUCUACAUACCUGAGAUCAACUACCUGCUCAUGUUUGCUUGUGUUUCAGUUACCGCCGGAUUCAAGACGACCAUGAAGAUCGGCAAUGCGUACGGAAUUGCCGUCGUGUUCGUGAUGACUCUAACAUCUGCAUUGCUGGUGCUGAUAAUGGUGAUGAUAUGGAAGACCCACAUCAUUCUCGUGAUCUUAUACAUCCUGAUCAUCGGCUCUGUCGAACUACUCUACCUCAGCUCGGUCCUUUACAAAUUCGAUCAAGGAGGCUACCUCCCGCUAGCUUUCGCUGCAUUCCUUGUAAUCGUAAUGUGUCUAUGGAACUACGUAUACCGAAAGAAGUACAGCUACGAGCUCGACAACAAGGUCUCGCUAGAUAAGAUACGAGAGAUUACCACCAACCCCAGCUUUUCCCGCUUGCCUGGGAUUGCACUAUUCUACUCGGAGCUCGUCCAAGGGAUCUCGCCCAUCUUCGAGCACUACAUUGCCAAUGUGCCAGCAUUGCACUCUGUGCUAGUGUUUGUAUCAGUCAAAUAUCUCCCCAUAAGUAAGGUCUUGCAUGAUGAACGGUUCCUGUUCCGCCACGUGGGCCCGGGAGAGCUGGCUGUGUUUAGGUGUGUGGUGAGAUAUGGGUACAAGGACAUGCAGAAUGAGCGUGGGUCAUUUGAGCAGGAAUUGGUGGACCGGCUGAAGGAGUUUAUCAGAUAUGAGAUGUGGGCCCCACCGAUGGAGGUGGCCCACCAUGAAGGGAAGAAUGGUGGUGCAACACCAAUGGUGGGCCAUGAUGGUGGAGAUGAAGAGGAAGCGAAGAAGAGACUGGUGGAGUUGAUAGAAAGAGAGAUGAAAAAAGGAGUUGUGCAUUUGUUAGGAGAGAGUGAGGGUGUUGCAAGAGAAGGGAGUGGCAUUGGGAGGAGGGUUUUGAUUGACUAUGCUUACAAUGCCCUAAGGAGGAAUCUGAGGCAAAGGGAUGAAAUUUUUGAGAUUCCUCACAAGCGUUUGUUGAAGGUAGGAAUGACCUGUGAGCUUUAGGAGGAAGAUUUAAUUAAGUGGUUCCCAUGAUCUGGGCCGUUCCUUAAGUGGGUCCUUCCAUGAACGUGCCAUGGCCUUGAAAACUAGGUUAGUUUGCUAAUCAGGAGGGCUACAAGUGCAUCAGUCGAACUUGCAUUGCAUGGCCUUCAUGGUAAGUGGGGUGGACUGAU